AUGACACGGGCACGUGCAAGCUUGUUUAUCUCGACGAUAUGUACAGCUCAGCUGUGUGCUUACGCGGGUAUCGGCCAAACGCUGGCGAUUCUUCGCGAAAUAGGCAUCAGCUUCCGCGUCGGCAACACUGGCGAUCUGACUUGGGCCCUUGCCGGCUAUGGCUUAGCGAUCGGCACCUUCACCUUGAUAGCAGGUAGAUUAGGCGACACGUAUGGAUACAAGCGAAUACUUCUCGCCGGACUCGUCUGGUCGGCUAUAUGGUCUGCUAUUUCGGGGACGGCGGUCUACUCGACUCACAUAUUCUUCAUAUUUUCUCGAGUGUUCGACGGCCUGGGCGCUGCUCUCUCCAUCCCCAAUAGUCUAGCACUUCUGGGAGCAGCAUACCCGCCCGGAAAACAGAAGGCGGUGGUAUUUACGCUUGUUGCCACAAUGGCGCCUAUUGGUAUCAUUAUUGGUGCAAUAAGUGCUAGCUUAUUGGCGCUGGUUUGGUGGCCUUUAACAUACUGGAUUUUUGCUGUCACGCUUCUUAUGAUUGCCGGAGUAGGGCACUUCACCAUCCCUGAUGAAUCUACUUCGAAGGACGAGACACCCGCUACCAUACGAGCUGCAAUAUCUGAGCUCGAUAUUCCAGGAGCAGUAUCAGCCGUUUCAGCCUUCGUACUGAUAGGUUUUGCCUGGAAUCAGGCCCCUCUCGUCGGAUGGCAAGAACCAUAUCUCUGGAUUGCCUUAAUUGUCGGCAUUCUAAUUGCAAUGCUGUUUCUGUUGAUCGAAAUUUAUUAUGCACAUAAACCGCUCAUCCCGUUCAAUUCAAUCUCAUCCGACGUGUACUUUAUCUUGGCCGCGGAUGCCUGUGGCUGGUCGUGUUUUGGAAUAUGGGCAUCAUAUACGUGGCAGUUUGUCGAGGAUAUUCGCGGGACUCCUCCACUUCUGGCCACGGCAUAUAUCAGCCCGUGUAUUAUUGUCGGUUGUUUAGCGACAGCAUCGUCAGGCUUCGUCCUGCAACGCUUAAGCGCGCCGAUUGUCGUAUCCAUCUCGCUCCUGGGAUUCAUGCUGGGAUCCAUACUCGUUGCCACUAUGCCUGCCGUGCAAACAUAUUGGACUCAAGUAUUCUUUUCAGUGUUGACAGUCUCUUGGGCAAUGGAUACAGGGUUUCCGGCUACGGCAUUAGCCCUAUCGAAUGCGUUUGAGAAGAAACAUCAGAGUACGGCAGCAAGUUUAGCCUAUACCGUAACGAAUUAUAGUGUUUUCCUCGGUUUGGGUAUUGCUAGAACCGUGGAGGCAUAUGUAACUAGAGGCGACCAGUCUAUAGACAGUAAGUUGAAAGGGUACCGAGCCGCUUUAUCUACCGCAGUUGGUCUAGCAGGAUUAGGAGUAGAUUUUGCUUUAGCAGGCGACUCACAGGUAUAUUUGUUAUAUUUCGAAGGUCCUAGUGUCUCAUACCUAUCAGGUAUGCCCGUGAUAGAUGUCAUAUACAGAGUGAGUGUUUAGGUAUAGUAUGCAGUCUAUUAUAGAGAUCUAGUAACGCCUAACCUUCUAACCUCCCUCGAGGGAGCUGGCUACCAUUUGUAUAGACGGUAGAGCCCCGUACUAGCCAGUUUCUCUUAUGCUUCUUCUUUCUCAGCCUUUGAGAGCGGGCCAAUAAAGCCCAUAGAAGCAUCUCCCGUCGUGUAAUUCACCAAUGAAAGUUUGCUGAGUAUCAACUCAUCCAACUUCGUUUUAUCUAUCCUCAAUAUUUGCUCUUUGGUGAGCCAUUGACCUCCUCUUCUUGAGCAAACCUCGACUAAACGAGUAUGCGCAGAGAAUCACUUAGUAAGACUUCGUAAUGUGGUAAUAAGCUAGUGUAUUCAUGAACUUGCGAACAAAGUGUAACUAGUUGAUGGAUAAAGAUGACAAGACGUAUCAAAAUUGCAACACAAUAUGUCCGAAUAGAUUUGCAAAUCUGCUCGUAGUUGAAAUGAGUCCCGGUUAUUGGUAUUUCUAUAUCUAUAUCGGCUGUGGAUGUCUUACCAGAUAGUAACAUACCAGGCACCCAAGUUAUGCAAGUAAAAAAAAACUAAAAACUUUUAUACUCGUCAUAGAACCUUGCAUUUU